AUGACUUGCAAAUUACUCCCAAACCUUGCUUACAUUGAUCUUAGCAUUAACCGUUUCUCUGGAACCAUUCCUCCUCAAUUCGGAAACAUCUCUAAACUCAUCUACUUUGACCUCUCCACAUACUACUUAACCGGAAAAAUCCCACUUGAGCUUGGCAAUUUGCGAAACCUCAAAACCCUCUAUCUUGAUAAAAACAAGUUAAACGGAUCGAUUCCAUUUGAGAUCGGUCUCUUAACCUCAGUUCAAGAUAUCGCCUUGUCUAUCAAUUCCCUAUCUGGACCAAUACCCUCUUCCAUUGGAAAUCUCACCAACUUGAUAAACUUGUACCUCGAUAGCAAUUCUUUUUCGAGUCCACUUCCUUCCGAGAUUGGAAACUUACCCAACCUUGUUGAGUUAGAGCUUAAUACAAACAACCUGUCUGGACCAAUACCCUCUUCCAUUGGAAAUCUCACCAACUUGGUAAACUUGUACCUCUAUACCAAUUCUUUCUCGGGUCCACUUCCUUCUGAGAUUGGAAACUUACCCAACCUUGUUGAGUUAGAGCUUAAUACAAACAACCUGUCUGGACGAAUACCCUCUUCCAUUGGAAACCUAACCUACUUGGUAAAGCUGUACCUUUAUAUCAACUCUUUCUCGGGUCCACUUCCUUCUGAGAUUGGAAACUUACCCAAUCUUGUUGAGUUAGACCUUACUGAAAACAGCUUCUCUGGCCAAAUCCCUUCCAGUUUCAGAGAGUUGAAGAAAUUAAUCCUUCUUAACAUGUUUGACAAUCAACUUUCCGGCAAAAUCCCCCCUGAGAUCGGAAAUCUCAAGAACUUGACGGGUCUUUCUCUUCAUCAAAAUUAUCUAACUGGUGUCAUACCCCCGGAACUAGGCAACAUGGAAUUUAUAACUAACUUGCAACUCGCCAAAAACAACUUCACUGGUUUCUUGCCUGAAAACAUUUGCAAAGGUGGGAAGCUUCAGAAACUCUCAUUAGAUGAUAAUCACUUCGAAGGUCCUAUCCCGAAAAACUUGAGAGAUUGCAAGAGCUUGAUCAGAGCAAGAUUCAUAGGGAACAGAUUCAUUGGAGAUCUUUCUGAAGCUUUUGGGGUUUACCCACAUCUUGAUUUCAUUGAUCUCAGCCAUAACAAAUUCCAUGGAGAGAUUUCAGGCAACUGGGGGAAGAGUCGAAAGCUAAGUGCCUUGAUCAUGUCAAACAACAACAUCACAGGUGUUAUCCCACCAGAGAUUUGGAACAUGACACAACUAGUUGAGCUGGAUCUGUCUACCAACACCCUCGCUGGUGAGCUUCAAGAAGGAAUUGGAAAUCUCACAGGUUUGUCGAAGCUGCUACUUAAUGGGAAUCAGUUAUCUGGGAGAGUUCCUGCAGGUUUAAGUUUCUUAACCAAGCUCGAGUCUCUGGACUUAUCUUCGAAUAGAUUCAACUCUCAGAUCUCACAAACCUUUGACUCCUUUACUAACCUCCAUCACAUGAACCUGAGCAGAAACAAAUUUGAUGGACACAUUCCCAGAUUAACAAAGCUUGUUCAGUUAACUUAUCUUGAUCUCAGCUUUAACCAGCUCGACGGAGAAAUCCCAUCAUAA